CGGGGCGGGGGCGGGGGGCGCGGGCAUCGGCGACCCCGGUGGCGGCGGCGGCGGCCGGGGCAAGCCGCGGGGCCGGUCAUGCGGCUGCGGGGCCCGCGGCCCGGAGCGUGCGCCCAGCCCUGAGCGAGGCCCCGCAGGGCGCCCCCCGCCGCUGAGGAUGAGUCACUGCAGCAGCCGCGCCCUGACCCUGCUGAGCAGCGUGUUUGGUGCGUGUGGCCUGCUGCUCGUGGGCAUCGCGGUCAGCACUGAUUACUGGCUGUACAUGGAGGAGGGAACGGUGCUGCCGCAGAACCAGACCACGGAGGUCAAGAUGGCGCUGCAUGCCGGCCUCUGGCGAGUCUGUUUCUUCGCAGGCCGGGAGAAGGGUCGCUGUGUGGCCUCGGAGUAUUUCCUUGAACCGGAGAUCAACUUGGUGACGGAAAACACGGAGAAUAUUCUGAAGACGGUGCGCACGGCCACCCCAUUUCCCAUGGUCAGUCUCUUCCUAGUGUUCACGGCCUUCGUCAUCAGUAACAUUGGCCACAUCCGCCCGCAGAGGACCAUUCUGGCCUUCGUUUCUGGCAUCUUCUUCAUCUUAUCCGGCCUCUCCUUGGUGGUGGGCUUGGUUCUCUACAUUUCCAGCAUCAACGACGAGGUCAUGAACAGGCCCAGCAGCUCCGAGCAGUAUUUCCACUAUCGCUAUGGGUGGUCUUUUGCCUUCGCCGCUUCCUCCUUCCUCCUCAAAGAGGGGGCCGGCGUGAUGUCCGUGUACUUGUUCACCAAGCGCUACGCGGAGGAGGAGAUGUACCGCCCGCACCCGGCCUUCUACCGCCCGCGCCUCAGCGACUGCUCCGACUACUCGGGCCAGUUUCUGCAGCCCGAGGCGUGGCGCCGCGGCCGCAGCCCCUCCGACAUCUCCAGCGACGUCUCCAUCCAGAUGACGCAGAACUACCCUCCCGCCAUCAAGUACCCGGACCACCUGCACAUCUCCACCUCGCCCUGCUGAGGCCCGCCCCUCGGCUCUCCCUUCUCCUUCCCCUCCUCCUCCUCCUCCUCCUCCUCCACCUCUCCCCUUGGGGGUCUCUAGGCCCCAGGGCUCCGCUCCCUCCCUCAGAACUUCACUACCCCGCCCCCCCCCCGGAUGCUGCGCACGCUUUAGCCCCGCCCUCUUCUCGGUGGCCCCGCGCCUCCGUGCUGGUCCCUAUACUUUCCAAGGGCUCCUUCCCCCUCCGGGGUCUCUCGACCUCCUCCGUCCCAGCCACUCGCAGAGGGCCCCCAGUUUCUCCCUGGUUCCGCCCCCUCCCUCUGACCCUCCCCUCCCCUCCAGUGCCCGGCGGCGGGUUUCCCUGCCCCGCGCACUGCACGCUGGGGGCCAGCGGUGCAGGCGCCCACCCACCCUGAGCCCCGCAGCCUGCGGCCUCGCCGCAGGGGCGCUGGGCUGGAGAGUAGGUUGGGCAGCCGCCUGGAAUGCCAACUAGCCUCUUCUCGCCUCGGCCCCGACUUCUCUAUUUCCCCGCCCAAUCUCAUCUCCGGAUCUUCUGGGCCGGCGGGUGCAGCGGGCAGUCUUUUUGCUGCGCCCGCAGCUGAGGGUGGGGUGGGAGGCUGGAGGCCGGGGCGUGCUCAACUCGGUGUCUCCCCUCCCCCAACUCAGUUCUCUACUCCCCUGGGAGGUCCCAUUCUUCCUCACCGGCUGGGCUCUUCUCGGCCUCCUGAAGGUCACCUGCCUUUCAGGGGGCGCCAUCGGAAGGAUCUCCUUGCUUUCUCAGCUGCCCUUGGCUUCUUUUUCUUUCUCUUCUUCUUCUUCGAGCUCGUUCUCCCUUCCUCCUUCCUUCCGCUCACCCAAAGCCUCUAGGUGCAUCUAGCCCCGCACGCCACACAAUAGGGCUGGAGACCCUAGGGUGGAGGGAAUUCCUCCGUGCCAUUUCCACACCUGUGCCGGCCUCUUCCCCCUCGAGGCCCCGUCGGGGGAGGGAGAGGCAGUAGCGGGGGUCCAAACCCCCCAAACCUCGAAGUCUUCCAUUUUCUGGCACUCCCCCUCAUUGAAGUCCCCCUUCCCAUCUUAGACCCCCAACUCUGGCCUCUUUCAAGGGUCCGUCCGCCCCCUUGGACAGAUUUGGGGGGAAGGUCACCAGAAACUCGCCCUUCCCCCCAUUGGGGGGCGGGGACGAGGUAGCACAGUGUUGUACACGAAACCAGAAAAGCCCCCGGGGUGGGGGGAGGGGGCAGGGG